AACGCAGCCUCCAAUUUCUCACUUGUCUCCUUUUUCAAACUCCACGGCGCAGAUCCGAGGAGUUUGGCAAACCCUAGCUCUCUCUUAGCUCUCUACCUAUUCUUCAGCUCUCUAUCUCUCUUUGCUUUUCUCCGUCAAGCUUUUCAGCAACUCAAUCAGAUAUGGCAGGUCUUGCUCCCGAAGGUGCACAGUUUGAUGCUAAACAGUAUGAUUCUAAGAUGAAUGAGAUCCUCUCAUCUGAAGGUCAAGAGUUCUUCACAUCGUAUGAUGAGGUUCAUGACAGUUUUGAUGCCAUGGGUUUACAAGAAAAUCUUUUAAGGGGAAUAUAUGCUUAUGGAUUUGAGAAGCCUUCUGCGAUUCAGCAAAGAGGAAUUGUUCCUUUCUGUAAAGGUUUGGAUGUGAUUCAACAAGCUCAGUCAGGAACAGGCAAAACAGCAACCUUUUGCUCUGGAAUUUUGCAGCAACUUGACUAUGGUUUGGUCCAGUGCCAGGCUUUGGUGUUGGCACCUACCAGGGAGUUAGCUCAGCAGAUUGAGAAGGUUAUGCGGGCACUUGGAGACUAUCUCGGCGUGAAGGUUCAUGCUUGUGUAGGUGGGACUAGUGUUCGUGAGGAUCAGCGAAUUCUUCAGACUGGAGUGCAUGUGGUGGUUGGCACUCCUGGACGUGUGUUUGACAUGUUGCGGAGGCAAUCUCUUCGUGCAGAUUACAUUAAGAUGUUUGUAUUGGAUGAAGCCGAUGAAAUGCUAUCUAGGGGUUUCAAAGAUCAGAUCUAUGACAUUUUUCAGCUUCUGCCUUCAAAAGUUCAAGUUGGUGUGUUCUCUGCUACAAUGCCUCCUGAAGCCCUUGAGAUCACCAGAAAGUUUAUGAACAAACCUGUUAGGAUUUUGGUUAAGCGUGAUGAGCUCACCCUGGAGGGAAUCAAGCAAUUUUAUGUUAAUGUCGAUAAGGAAGAAUGGAAGCUGGAGACACUCUGCGAUCUCUAUGAGACCCUUGCAAUCACUCAGAGUGUCAUUUUUGUUAAUACAAGGCGCAAAGUGGAUUGGCUUACAGAUAAGAUGCGAAGCCGUGACCACACUGUGUCUGCUACCCAUGGUGAUAUGGACCAGAACCAGCGUGACAUUAUCAUGCGUGAAUUCCGAUCUGGUUCCUCCCGUGUUCUCAUCACUACUGAUCUGUUGGCACGUGGUAUUGAUGUGCAGCAAGUGUCGCUUGUAAUUAAUUAUGAUUUGCCGACUCAACCAGAAAACUACCUUCAUCGUAUCGGACGAAGUGGGCGAUUUGGAAGAAAAGGUGUUGCCAUCAAUUUCGUGACUAGGGAUGACGAUAGAAUGCUAUAUGACAUUCAGAGGUUUUAUAAUGUGGUGAUUGAGGAGCUGCCUUCCAACGUGGCUGAUCUUCUGUGAGGAGCUGAUUUUGUUCUUUUUGUUUUUGAGGCAGAUUUCUUAUUCCUGUUUUUAAAGUACUAUUUAAAUGUUUCUUUUUCGCCAUUUUGGUUUUAAUUUAUGCUGUCAAACACAUCUAACUGUUUAAUUGUAUGUGCCUCAGCUAUAUUUUGGCUUAUAAAACCUCUUCAGGAUGUCUGUUGCAUGCUUGCCAUGCGAUAUCCAAUUGGUUUUUCA